UUGUUUUCUCGUGCAUGUGGAUAUUUAUGUCUGUCUGCGGUCCGUUACAUUGUUUGACCCCAGUGAUCCGGUCGGGACUUUAUUUUAUUCACAUUUACAGACUCUCAGUACUGUAGAUGUAACUAAACAGUCAGUGAUUCAUUUGAGUCGUUUGACGCUUGAUCCGUGAGAAUGAACAAAUCCGAGUAUGAAGAAUAAACACUGAAGUAAAGACACUCAGGAGCCUGUUUAUAAUGGGCUUCUUUCUUCAUCUUCAGGAAAUGAUUCAUAUUUAAAACACCAUGCCUCCAGUGACCUCUCAGGAACUCCCUCUCAACAUCUAUGUGGUCAUCUUUGGCACUGGGAUCUUCAUCUUUGUUUUAAGCCUGAUAUUCUGCUGCUUCUUUAUAAGUAAAUUGAGACAUCAGGCUCGCAACGUCAGAGCUGGAUACAAAAUGGUUGUAUUUAAAGAUGAAACAACACGGUUGCAUGCACACGGGUUAACAUGUGCAGUCUGUUUGGAGGACUUCAGGACAAAAGAUGAGCUUGGAGUGUUACCAUGCCAACACGCCUUUCAUAAGAGGUGUCUGGUGAAGUGGCUGGAAGUGAGAUGUUCGUGUCCCAUGUGCAACAACCCCAUCAGUGAUGCUCUGGGACAAACGCACAGCCCAGGAAACCUGCUGGAUGAACUGCUCUAACCUCAUUAAAGAUACUUACAACUUAGUUCUCUGAAUCGGGCAACAUUUCUACCUAAUAAUCUUGUACAAUUCAAACAAAAGGCCUUUAUUUAAAAGCACUGCUGUGGUAAAACAUCACUUGUAAUGUUCUGGUAUGUCUGGUUUAAAAUGUUUGCAGAAUUUUUACAUACAAUAUUGUGGGUUUCUUUUUUUGGUGUCCUGUUUUAAUAUGGAAGAUCAUUUGAAAGUAUUCACGUAGUGAAUUUAAGUAAUUUAAACUUAGGGGGAUAGAAAACAAAUGCUAAAUCAAAUAUGAAUUUACUUGCAUAUUUCUGGGCCUAUACAGUUUAUGGUAUUAAUAGGAUACAUGUUAACACUUCAUUGCUGGAUUUUAAAAGACAUCAAUUUUACUUAAAGCAAAACCAUUAUUUUACUACCGUUGUGUUAAAGUUUUAUUGCCAUUUAGAUUUUUCUUUUAAAUGUGUUUAUUUAAUAGUUUUAUUAUAUUUAUUAAAUAUAGUUUUUCUCCCCAUUUCCUUUUUUAAAGUUCACUAGUUUAAGUUAUUUUAGUACAUCAAGUUAAACUAAAUGAAAAAUUUUGCCCUGGCAAUAGCUGAAAUAAAAAAGCCAGUUAAUUUAUGUCAUUUCAAAUGUUUGAUGGUUUUAUUUUUUAGUUAACCCUGCUGAGAACCACUGCACUAAUAAAGUGAUCGAGCCACCUGCUGGCCAAUAGAAAGAACUGCAGCAGAACGCUGCCAUUUUAGAACCAAAACAAACUUUAAUGGGCUCCUUUUGAAGACUUGUAUAUUACAAGAGCACAUCAGCACAUAAUGAAUGAAAUCUCUCAGAUUUCUUUAACAACAAUUGAGCUGAGCGGUCUGUUCCAAGAAAUGACAAUACAAAAACCUGUUGAAAGGAAUCUUGAUCCAUCUUUAAUCCAUGUUGAACAAGUUGUGUCCUGGAGACCGUCAGAAUACAUAAAACAGGACCAUGACACAUGGAAUAAGCAUCUCAUUUAGGAAUGGCAAUAAAAAAAAAAAAAAAAUCUAUAUAGUAAGGAAUGUGCAUGGUUGAAAUGGGAAAGGGGAGUUAGAAACAAUUAAAGUUGGC